AAUGAGAGAGAGAGAGAGAGAGAGAGAGAGAGAGAGAGAAGAGAGAGAGAGAGAGAGAGAGAGAGAGAGAGAAAGGAAAGAAAAGUAAAAUUCUCCUUUAUGGCUGCACUGAUUCUCAUGGCAUCGAUCCUGGCUGGCGGAUACACUCGGGCAGAAACCUGCGACCUGUUCCAUUUCCCCGUGCAGGAGGGCGCAGAGCCUCGCCCCAGGGAAGCGCGAGGCCAAAUCCUCCUGAGUAUCCUACCGAGGGUCGAGUACUGGACAGCCGAACUGAACGUCGGCGACAGCGCCUCCGCCUGCAAGCUGAAACUGCAAGACCGCUUAUAUGACGGAGAAGAGGUGGAGUUCCUAACGACAGGCAAGGAUGGCGGGGAGAACGAACACGCACUCGCUCCGCCUCUUUUCCACAGGAACUCUUGGACGGACGUUGUGCUUGCUGUCGAACAGGAGGUCGGGAAUCACUCCACUGGGAAUCACUUCAAAAGGAAUCUCACGGGCUUCCUAACCUUGGUGCUGGCACAGAGUGCGGAGAGGAAGGUCAUUCAGGUCACAGACUGCCCGCUCAGGUCGAACUCCUUUACCUUGAAUUGGACGACAUCUUACAACAUGACGUUUACCGUCAACUGCCAAAACAAAGCCUGCGCCGCCGGCCGCCGCAUCACGUCCUCCGCCAACGCCACCGCAUUCUACUACAGAUGCAGGCUUCCUUCGGACACCGUGCGAGUGACGCUGACCAUCUUCGCCGCUGGGGAGGCCGGGGAGAAAUCCUUUACAGAGUCCUGGCACGUGGACGAGGGCUGCCGAGCUAACACGUGGCACAAGAUAUCCUUCAGGAGGCAUCUGCGGGGCCUGGAGAUGAACGUGCCCUGGAAACCUCCAAGGGCCAUUCGCAAUACAAGCGCCAUCUUCCCGGAUUUCAGCGUUACUGAGGUCAGCGUGGACGGCGAAGGCGUCGUGACCUGGUGCGCCCCCGAUCGGCCUCAACCGUCCGACCAGAGUCAGCCGGAGAUUUCCUUUUCUCCAGACGUGGCUGUCAUGUUGCCCGUUGUCUUGAGCUCCAUUGCUGUCGGCGUCGUCUGCAUCUGCGGUCAACUUCGCAGGAAAAGGAAGUCCCGGGAUGCUUAUGACAAAAAAUACAUCGUCCAUUAUCUAAGGCGUCGCAGGUGCAGUGAGCGGUCGUCGCCCUCCAUGCCUUAUAAGGAUCACCCUCCACCUCCUUUGCCAUUAUCACCCCCUCCUCCACUCCCACAAACGCAUCCACCUCCGCUGCCACUCAGGGAACCGCCUCCUCUGCCAUCAGCAUACCCACCCCCACUGCCGCUAGGGUACCCACCUCCACUCCCUCACAAGAACCCUAACCAUUACCUGUCUCCAGCACGCCCCUCCCCCCUGGCCUCACCGAGCUCUCCGAAUCCACCUCCCUCCACUUUCUCUCCCGCUUGCACUCCGCCUCAUCCGCCAUUUUCGGACGAAGCCUCUGGCCUGCAGUCCGAAGAUCAAGAGUAUGAACGUCUGUCUGUUAUUUUGAACACCCUUGAGUGAAGCGGCUCGUGGACGAAAAAUGUGGACGCGAAGGAGACAGUCUGCCUUGCAGGUUGAAGGUCGAUAAGGAUAAGGAUUUCGGCGGAAAAGGGAAACCCGUUCCUAUUUUGCACUCGUGAUUUUUUGUAUUUUCUGUAUUUCUUUCUAUCUUUGUUUCUUUGAGAAAGAGAGAGAGAGAGAGAGAGAGAGAGAGAGAGAGAGAGAGAGAGAGAGAGAGAGAGAGAGAGAGAGAG